CAGAUUCGAUAUGCCCCUGGUGCUGGUGGAGAGUCAGAGAUCAGCUGCUGUGUAAAAUAUUCGGUUUUUGGCUUCAAUGUACUAUUUUUUUUAAUCGGGUUCGCAUUACUGCUGAUCGGCAUAUGGGCGCAGAUUGAGAAGAACAAUAUCUAUAGUCACUUGAAUAAGGCGUCGAAGUUAUACCUUGAUCCAACAUGGCUACUUCUUGUUGUUGGUCUGGUCACAUUUGUAAUUGGGUUCAGCGGCUGUGUUGGGUCGCUUCGUGAAAACACGUCAUUUUUGACGUUCUACUCGUCUCUAUUAGGUCUAUUACUGAUAGCCGAGUUUGCCGGUGCUGUGUUUGCGUAUGCUUGUCGAGACCAAUUGGAUACAUACAUUCGGAAUUUAUUGAAUGAUGUGGUGGUAGGAUACCGGGAUGAUCCAGAUCUGCAAGUUUUGAUUGAUACGAUGCAGGAGUCUUGGCAUUGCUGCGGAAUAAAUGGUGCUGACGAUUGGGAUCGAAACACAUAUUUUUCUAUUGCGGCUCGAGAGGUGGCUUCUCCCGAAGCUGGUGGUGUGCCGUUUUCUUGUUGUCUCAACAGCAGUCAACUUGCCUUCAAAAAUUUCUAUUGUGGCCAUGGAGUACGUUUAAAGGAACACGCGCAAAGUUCUCUGAAUACAAUCUACACAGAUGGUUGUUUGCCAAAGUUGCAGCUUUGGUUGAAUAACAAUGUAUUUCUAGUCGGAAUCGUACUUAUAAUAGUUGCUGUGAUCCAGAUUCUUGGCAUUUGUUUCGCACAAAACCUAAAAAGCGACAUCUUCGCACAGCGUGCGAAGUGGUACUAUACGCAUUGA